UGACAGAUCUCAACUGACAGGUGAAUCGUUGGUUUGCGGUCAUUGUUUUUAGUGGUUGUUGCUGCAUUGUUGGUCCAAUUGAAGUAAAAAUCCACAUUUCCGAAAUUCUUAUAGUGCAAUUUAUUGUCCCAUUGGAUGGUACUAAAUCUCCUCUCAAAAGCUAUUCAACGAACACUUAAAAAAUGGAAGAUCAUCAUCGUAAAAUGAUAAAAGACAAUAUCGACAAGUUGACAUCGAAGACUGAGCUGAACUUAUUAAUGAAUCUAUGCGUCAAAUAUAAGAUAUUAUCUCAAAUUAUGAAAGAGAAUUUGUACAAGGAUUUUCCAAAAAAGGAAGAUUGCCAUCGACAGCUUUUCAUAAAAAUCACUAAACGCGGGCCGAAGGCCUUCAAUCUCCUUCUAGAUAUCUUAACAGAAAAUUUUCCAUCUGCCGAAAAAGUUCUUUGUCCUGAAGAUACAUGCCAAAGUAUCCAUGAUAACAAGAUCAUGGAAGGAUAUCGAUCAAAAGAUACAACCGAAACCGAGGAGGAACCAUUGCCAGAUGUUGAUACAUUUGAUAUUUAUAAAUAUGACGAUGACGAUAAACCUCUUCCACUGGAAAUCUACACUAAACCUACAAAGCAUGAUCCAUCAAUCAUUGUUAAGAAAUCAACUAAACUUUUUUACGAUGAACGCGUUGGAACGUAUUCCAUGCGUAGUAAAUAUCGUGGUGUUUUUUUGAUGGUGAACAUUAUAAAUUUUCCACACUCGGACCGGCGAAAUGGAGCUGAGAUAGAUCGAGAAAAUUUAAUCCAUCUAUUCCGUGAGUUCGGAUACGAAGUAUUUUACUACGAAGACUUGUGUUUAAGUCAAUUUCGACAAGUUCUAAUGCAACUUCUCAACUCAAAUUAUACUCGACGCACGGAAAGUUUCGUGAUGGCCUUACUAACACAUGGUGAUAUAAAGGAUGGGAAGGAAUUUGUAGAAUUUAGCGAUGGUGCAGUUAUUAAUUUAAAAGACAUUUUACACUGUUUUCGUAAUACACAUUGCUCGAAUUUGGUGGGGAAACCAAAAGUUUUUAUAUUCCCGUUUUGCAGAGGAACAAUAUCUGAUUCAGGAACCUUCAGCCCUAUGAAUCGCACCUCCGUCCAAACAGACAGCAUAUCACGAACAAUAAAUAAUCCCACCAUGACAGAUAUAAUCAUUAUGUACGCAACUGUUCCAGGGUUUAAAACGCAUCGUGAUCCGAAAACAGGAUCUUGGUACAUCGAAAUGUUGUGCAAAGUAUGGGCGGAACAUGCACAUAAUACAGAUAUUGAAACGCUUGCAAAGAAAGUUGGCGAGGAAACGGGAAAAAUAAGAUCAGAUAAUUAUUUACAGACUUCAAGCUUUAUUUGGCAUGGCGUUUAUAAAGCCUUGUAUUUCAAUCCAGGAUAUUAUGAGGACGAUGCCAAAUAGUUACAGUAAUAUAUUAGGAUCGAAUAGAUACUUAGUGAAAUUUAAAGAUAUUAGAAGAUAAAAGAAACUCAUAUCUAUAUUUUUAAACGAAUAUGUAUAUAUUUACGUAAAUAAAAUUUUUAUUAUAUCCAA